AUGGGCAGGAACGGCGACGAGCCCGCGGUCGGCAACAAGCGGCCCUCGGCCGAGGCGGCGGACGGCGACGCGAAGCGGCAACGCACAUCCUACGUGGGCAACGUAGCGGCGAUCGCGUCGCACUACAACCAGCGCGCCGAGGUCGGUGUUGAGCAGCGCGAGUACUCGCCGAUCAUUGGGCUGAAAAAGUUCAACAACUGGGUCAAGAGCGUGCUCAUCGGCAAGUUUACUGCGCGGCGCGGGCGCGGCGGCGGCGCCAAAGUCCUCGACAUCGGGUGCGGCAAGGGCGGCGACCUGAAUAAGUGGAAGCAGGCGCGCAUCGCGCUGUACGUCGGCAUGGACAUUGCCGCGACGUCGAUCGACCAGGCGCGCGAGCGGUGGCAGACGAUGCGCGGGAACCGGUUCGAAGCCUUCUUCGCCGCGCACGACUGCUACAGCAACCCGAUCCACGAGGCGCUGCCGCCCCAGUACACGGUGCGCGAGCUGUACGACAACGUCAGCAUGCAGUUCUGCAUGCACUACGCGUUCGAGACGCCCGCCAAGGCGCGCAUGAUGAUGGAGAAUGUCUCGAGAUAUCUCAAGCGAGGCGGUGUGUUCAUCGGCACGAUCCCCAAUUCUGCCCUGCUUCUCCACCGCCUCGAAGAACUGCCCGAGGGCGAGCUCACGUUCGGCAACACGUGCUACCACAUCACGUUUUCGGAGCGCGAGCACAAGGGCUUGUACGGGCACGAGUACCGGUUUUAUCUCGAGGACGCGGUCGAGGAUGUGCCAGAGUACAUUGUCGACUGGGACAACUUCGUCGCACUCGCCCGCGAGUAUGGCCUCGAGCUUAUCUACCGCAAGACGUUCAAUGACAUCCUGCAGGAGGAGCAGGGCAGCCGCGACUUUGGCCCGCUGCUCGGCCGGAUGGGCGUUAUCAACGAGAGUGGCGAGAGCGCCAUGGACUCGGACCAAUGGGAGGCGGCGAACCUCUACAUGGGCUUCGCGUUCGAGAAGCGCGGUUGA